GAAAAUUACAACAACAUCUCCAUCAACGUGUACAGCAUCGAAAAAAAAAAACAAGGAACUUGCUAUCUUGCCAAUACGUGUUACUGACCGAAAGAUGAACAGACACGUAAAUCUGCUGUAUGUGCAUAACGACAACGUGGGACAUUUUGCCUGGAUCAAGAACCUGUCCCGCCUCGUGAGCUCGCAAAUCAACAGUCGCCAUGGUCGGAAAUACUUUUGCGAUCGAUGUUUGCACUACUUCAGAUCCAACGAGAAAUUGGCUGCCCACACCGUCGACUGUCAGGAGAUGAAUGACUGCGCGAUCAAGUUACCGAGCGAUAACGACAAGUGGUUGGCCUUUAAAAAUCACAACAGGAAGGAACGAGUUCCGUUUGUCGUAUACGCCGACCUGGAGUGUACCCUGGAGAAGAUGGAAGCGGAUCCGGAAACGUCCAGGUACACAUAUCAACAUCAUCGCGUGUUUAGCAUAGGGUACUACGUGCGUUGCUCAUACGACGAGUCGUUAUCUAUGUAUCGGUUUCGUCGCGAUAAGGAUUGCGUCGCGUGGUUCGCCGAGGAGCUAAGACGUUUAGCUCACGACGUAAAAACUAUAUUGUCCACUAAUAUACCCAUGGCAGAUUUCACGCGAGACGAGUGGGAAAAGUUUAACAGCGCAACGCACUGUCACGUGU